CCGGGUGGGGCCUCGACUCCUCAGCCUGCAGCGCCUGCGGCGCCGCGAGCCCCUGGCCUUCAGGCCUCGCGCGCGGGCAGCCCUCGGCCCCCCGGACCUCCCUCGGCUGGGCCGGCCCGCGCCUCCGGGACCAUGCUGCGCUGGCUGCGGGGCUUCGUGCUGCCCGCGGCGGCCUGCCAGGACGCCGAGCCGCCGACGCGCUACGAGACCCUCUUCCAGAAGCUGGACCGCAACGGGGACGGCGUGGUGGACAUCCGCGAGCUGCAGGAGGGGCUCAAGAGCCUGGGCAUCCCCCUGGGCCAGGACGCCGAGGAGAAAAUUUUUACUACUGGUGAUGUCAACAAAGAUGGGAAGCUGGAUUUUGAAGAAUUCAUGAAGUACCUUAAAGAUCAUGAGAAAAAAAUGAAAUUGGCAUUUAAGAGUUUGGACAAAAAUAAUGAUGGAAAAAUUGAGGCUUCUGAAAUUGUCCAGUCUCUCCAGAUACUAGGUUUAACUAUUUCAGAACAACAAGCAGAGUUGAUUCUCCGAAGCAUUGAUGCUGAUGGGACAAUGACAGUGGACUGGAAUGAAUGGAGGGACUACUUCUUAUUUAAUCCCGUUACAGACAUUGAGGAAAUUAUCCGUUUCUGGAAACAUUCUACCGGUAUUGACAUAGGAGACAGUUUAACUAUUCCGGAUGAGUUCACGGAAGAUGAAAAAAAGUCAGGACAGUGGUGGAGGCAGCUCUUGGCAGGAGGUGUUGCCGGCGCCGUCUCUCGAACAAGCACUGCCCCUUUGGAUCGUCUGAAAGUCAUGAUGCAGGUCCAUGGUUCAAAAUCAGAGAAAAUGAACAUAUAUGGUGGCUUUCGACAGAUGGUGAAAGAAGGAGGGAUCCGCUCCCUUUGGAGAGGAAAUGGUACAAAUGUCAUUAAAAUUGCGCCUGAGACAGCUGUUAAGUUCUGGGCAUAUGAACAGUACAAGAAAUUGCUUACUGAGGAAGGACAAAAAGUAGGAACCUUCGAGAGAUUUAUUUCUGGUUCCAUGGCUGGAGCAACUGCACAAACUUUUAUUUAUCCUAUGGAGGUUCUGAAAACCAGACUGGCUGUAGGCAAAACUGGACAAUACUCUGGGAUAUUUGAUUGUGCCAAGAAGAUUUUGAAACAUGAAGGCAUGGGAGCUUUUUACAAAGGUUAUGUUCCCAAUUUAUUAGGCAUCAUACCUUAUGCAGGUAUAGAUCUUGCUGUGUAUGAGCUCCUAAAGUCCCAUUGGCUUGAUAAUUUUGCCAAAGACUCUGUAAACCCAGGAGUCAUGGUGUUGCUGGGAUGCGGAGCCUUAUCCAGCACCUGUGGUCAGCUGGCCAGCUACCCUUUGGCCUUGGUGAGAACACGCAUGCAGGCUCAAGCCAUGGUAGAAGGAGCCCCACAGCUGAACAUGGUUGGGCUUUUUCGACGGAUAAUUUCUAAAGAAGGAAUACCUGGACUUUACAGAGGCAUCACCCCAAACUUUAUGAAAGUGCUCCCUGCUGUAGGCAUCAGUUAUGUGGUUUAUGAAAAUAUGAAACAAACUUUAGGAGUAACUCAGAAAUGACAUGUUGAAUUUUUUUGCUUUAAUGUGAUUAUGGAAACUUUCAGUCAUCUCUAGAUUGACCUUUUUUUUUUUUUUUCCCCUGGAAUUGCAACAUGUCUGUGGCAAAAGAAGCUGUAUUUUUUUCACAAAAGGGAAGAGCAUAUCAAUGAUAACGUCAAACGUUUGGACUUGAUUUUAUACAUUCAGAAAUGUGAAAAAUCAUAGUUUUGAUACGAUCAUACAAUUUUGAAAAGGCCACAAAACUGUAUUUUAUCUUUUCUUAUUCAUCCUAUUUACAAAUCUGUGCCCUGAAUCCUAAAUCUGAAAAAAAAAGUACUUGCUUGAACUAAGUUUGUUUGUGUGAUAGAGUUAUAAAUCUUUAAUCUUUAUUUUGGUUGGUUCAAGUUCCUGCCAGUUCCUUUAUCCUUAAAUAUCUUUUCCUUGAAAACAAAAUGAUCAUGAAACCUCAAAACUUAAAUUGUUUAUAUAUUUUGUGUGUCUUUAUAAACUUCUUAAAAUUUCCCUGUAGAAUGGAGAAUCAUUGCAUGAAAACAUACCUUACAGCAGCCAAAUAGGUAUAGCGUUUAUAUUCUUUCUUAAAGCUGAAUAAGAAUGAAUGUUAAGUGGCAGAAUUUCAAGGCGUGCAAAUAGCCCAGCCCAUUCAUGUAAUUUUUGUGUAAGGGGGAGUGCUCAAAUAUUUAUUUCUGUGGGCACGUCCCUGUUUUUCUUGCACUGUUAUUUGAUCCCAGGAUGGCACACUGAUUGUCAGUAUGUUACUGUUAAAUUAUCAACACACGGCAACUUAUUUGAAAGAUGCUUUUUAUUGUCAUUGGUUUGAAAAGCACCAGGAAACAAAACCCUUUGGCCUGUAAUCAACUUUUGAAGAACAUCUUUCUUUGCUUUGUGCUUUGUUUCCUACUUGAGUCUGACUUCCAUUUUAAUCAGGAAGGCUUCUUGGUUAUCUGAAAUCUCUUAAUUACACAAAGUAGGUUGAUCAUGCGUGAAGGGCAUUCUCAUUUCCCCUCACUGUUUAAUUUCUUUGACCCUGCACUUCUCUAAUUGGGCAGCAUAUAUAUGAGGAGAAUAGUGCAUAUUAAUAGUACUAUAUGUUAACUUUAUAAUUUGGUGUCUGUAUUUAAAUGAGAGGCCCAAUUUAUAGACAUGUACAUUCAUGUUCUUUCUUGCUCCCAGUCUAAGGAACAUGUUAUGAUAUAGAAACUUACUUUAUAAUAUUGAUAACAUGCUUUUAUUUUACUGAAGCCAUUUUUGCAAUCAGCUGUCUUUUCUAAUUUGUGUGAUUAAGGCUUAGAAAAAUAUUUAUUAAUUGAAGUUAUUCUUUAAUUUAGUUCGAGUUUGAUUUCUAGUAAUUUCUGUUAUAAAUUGCCAACAUGUUCAUGAAAAUCUAGUGACAUAACAGACAUUUCCUUUAUUUGAACCUACCUCUCAUAUUUUCUGAACCAAAAAGAAAUGUUGGAUUUGUAUUUGUGAAACAUAUACUAAAAUUUAGUUUUCAUUAUAUUAGUUACAUCUGAUAAAUGUCUCUGUAUUUUUAUGAUACAUAUGAUGCAUAUGUAUGGGACUCUGUCUUCGGGAUGUUUGUACUUUUGAAAUACAUAAAUGACAAUAUUAAGGUGCAUGGUACAUGAUUAGCUCUUUUUUUCACAUGAAAUUAUGGAAUGAGUAAAAUUGCAAACUACUGAAAAAGAUUCAUUGUUCAUUAUGAAUUUAAAUUGUUUGCUAUUUAUCACUUGUAAGGUAUGAGUGUGAUCUAUCUGUGUAUCUUGUAUCUUUUGGAAAGAGCCCAGAGUUGAAAAUAGUUUAUUUCCAUCACUAUUGCAUAUUUACUUUCCAUUUAUAUUAAAAACAUAAAUAUAUAUUUGUUUU